GGUUACUGUUUGUCUCGAGAAGAAGAAGCACGCCCAUUUUGCUCGCACUGCCUAUGUCGAACUGUGCUGGCAAUUUCAGACAGACUAAGGAGGACAAAGAAACGCAAUGGACGGUGAUGUUGCAGUUGGUGUGAAGAGAGGCUCAGAUGAGCUCAGCAUGUACAGUAGCAGCCCCAGCUCAAUGGCAGCAAACGGUAGUGACAGUAAGAAGCAGCGCCUGGAUGAGUCCCCUCCCUCCAGAGUGCUUCACAUUCGAAAACUUCCCAAUGAAGUAACAGAGACGGAGGUCAUCGCUCUGGGCCUGCCUUUUGGAAAGGUUACCAACAUACUGAUGUUGAAGGGGAAAAACCAGGCAUUUCUAGAGUUAGGUACAGAGGAAGCAGCCAUCACUAUGGUGAACUACUACACAGCUGUAACACCACAGGUUAGAAAUACUCCUGUCUUCAUCCAGUAUUCUAACCAUAAAGAACUGAAAACAGAUUCAGCUCUAAACCAGAGAGCCCAGGCCGUUCUCCAGGCAGUGUCAGCAGUCCAGGAUGGGAGCUCUCCAUCCUCUGACCAGGGCGUAUUGGAGCUGGCCCCUCCCCCUAGCCCUGUACUCCGAAUUAUUAUUGACAACAUGUUUUAUCCUGUAACACUGGAUGUUUUACAACAGAUUUUCAGCAAGUUUGGCACGGUGAUGAAGAUUAUAACUUUCACUAAAAACAACCAGUUUCAGGCUCUUCUGCAGUUCAGUGACCCUGUCAAUGCCCAACAGGCUAAACUGUCAUUGGACGGGCAGAAUAUCUAUAAUUCCUGCUGCACACUGCGGAUAGACUUUAGUAAACUGGUCAACCUUAACGUUAAAUACAACAAUGAUAAAAGUCGGGAUUACACCAGACCUGACCUUCCAACAGGAGAUGGAGAAUCCACCAACAAGGAUCAUUCCUUAUUGGGUACCCCAUCUGGAGCUCUAGCCUCCUACUCCAGUGGAGGAGGUUACUCAUCAUCUCUCUCCCUCUCACAGGGCGGAGGGGCCAUCAGUCCUCUCAGUGCUGCGGCGGCGGCAGCAGCAGCUGCAGGUCGCGUUGCCCUCUCUGGAUCCGGAGUGUCAGGAGUCCUGUUGGCAUCCAACUUAAAUGAAGAGAUGGUCACGCCUCAAAGUCUCUUUACCCUCUUCGGAGUCUAUGGUGAUGUCCAGAGGGUGAAGAUCCUCUACAACAAAAAGGACAGUGCUCUGAUUCAGCUCUCUGAUGGCAACCAGGCUCAGCUCGCAAUGAGCCACCUGAAUGGCCAGAAGGUGUUUGGCAAAGUGAUGAGAGUGACUCUGUCUAAACACCAAACAGUAGCUUUGCCCAGAGAAGGACUGGAUGAUCAAUUACUGACCAAAGAUUUUUCUGGCUCUCCCCUGCAUCGCUUUAAGAAACCAGGGUCUAAAAACUUCCAGAACAUCUUUCCUCCGUCCGCAACACUUCACCUCUCCAACAUCAGGGAUGGAAUUGGAGAGGAAGAUCUUCGCCGUCUGUUUUCCAACAGUGGGGGAACCGUCAAGGCCUUUAAAUUUUUUCAGGACCGUAAGAUGGCCUUGAUCCAGAUGUCAUCUGUGGAGGAGGCGAUUCAGGUUCUGAUUGACCUUCACAACUAUGACAUGGGAGGAAAUCACCAUCUUAAAGUUUCCUUCUCCAAGUCCACCAUCUAACGGGCACACCAAACGUCUAACCUAGAAGACCUUUGACUAGCAAAGAGGCCACUACCAUUUGUCGUUUUUCUAUUUUUUAUUUUCUAUGAAUAGUUUUUGUUUUGUUGAGGUAUUGUAAAAAAGCAAAUUCCAUUAACAGUGUUUUUGUUUUUCUCUUUAAAGCAUUGUAAACAGUCCUGUGCUCAGUUUCUGUUGCUUUGACAUUUUACCUACGUUUUGAAGAGUAACAGAACACCAGCUGAAUGUUGUUUCCCUUUAGUUCGUAAAGGUCUAAAUCCACGUCACUGUUGACUUUUAUUAACAGGUGACCAGAUGUACUUUGAGUGAAAACUAGUGAUUUUUAAGCCAAUUCGUGCAAAGUGCUGUUUUGAUCUUGCGUUGCUUCACACAGGUAAACUGUGGCUGUUCAUUUUAUGGCUCUCUUUGGAUUUUUGGUUGAUUCCAUUUCCUUCCAGGUAAAUCUGAAUGAUAACUUUAUUUUUUUCCACCACCUUGUCUGAUCAGUGAAUCUCUACCAUACUUUAUAAAAAAUAAUAAAUCUGCCAUCCUUGGCAUGUAGAUGUUUUCGGUGGAGCCCUCUGUAAAUACUGGGGUGUGCAAAGGUUUGGGUCUGUCUUAGAAAAAUCAGUGAAGAAUUCAAUCUAGGAUGGGAUUAAAGCCCUGCCUGCAAACACACCACCAUUAUUUAAAGAAAACAAUUAGGUCUUUUUAUCAUUAGAAAAUUUACAUCUCAAACAGGGAAUUAAGACUUUAAAUGUAACAUUUGAACCCAAACUUUUGCAUGUUCUUAUAUCAAAGAAUGCUGCCACAUUCUUGGAUACACACGAUGUUUAACUUCAGAUUAAAAAAAAUCUCAUCUUUUGCCAUCUUCUCCACAAUUCCCCAGAAAGACAUUUUAACUCCAUUUUUAGAGGUUGCAUAACACAUUUUUAUUCCAUAUGUGACAUUAUUUGCAGGUCUUCAUUAUAUGAAAAUACUUUCUAUUGUCUCAGUUGCAGCCACAUACCUUAAUUUUCCACAAAUUUUCACAGCUUGUUUCUCAUCCAACACCUUUGGUUAAUGCACUUCUCACUCAAUAAGACCACAGAUUACUAAUUUGAACUGAUGACAGAUUUUUAAGUAACUCCAUCGAAGAUUUUGUCUAAAGCAGAUGAUCACAGCAGUGUGUACCUGGCUUUGGUUCAUGGCCUUCAUCUGAGCUAACACCAUUCGCUGACGAUAGUUUGGUGUUUUCUGAAUCAUCCUUUCACUGCUGGAUGUUGAAUGUAUUGACGUUGCCACGCUGUAAUCAUCAAUGGGGAUCCACAUGCAGAGACGAAGCCUUUUAGUUCAAUCUACAUCUCCUUUGUUUGAAAUGCAGCUGGAUGCAUGCUAAUGCUGUGUUUAAAAUAGGGUUCCUACAUGUGAUUCUGCUUUUGGUCUCUGGUUUUGGGAGAUCUGUUGGGACCACAUGUGCCUUUAGUUUGUAAUCUGGUGAUGCUUUGGUGUAUAAACAGAUCUUUUAUUGGUUAUGUUGGCUGUAUUUAUAGUUUAAACCUUUGAAAAUCAUUUUUGAACGUUUGUGAAAUAAAAGCCCCAUCUAAGUGUGGCUCUAACCCUCUAGUAAAGCGGCGUUCACAUAAUGCUAAAGAGGGUCCAGCUCACUUAUCAGGAUUCUUUGUUCCGAUUGUUGAUUUAAAACAUCCUAACAUUAUAAAACAGAUGAGCUCUAGUGAGAUAAAGAUAUCUCUAAAGUAGGUUUUUAUUUUCCUGUCAUUUUACAUUCUCAUAGCUGAAAUUAUUUUUGAAGGUGUAUUGUAAAUUUUCUACUUGAUUUGUUUGUUUUGUGAGAAAAAAAAAAGCAGACUAGCACAAAUUAAACUUGUCUUUUCUACCAACAAGCGCAAGUAAAAGUGUUUUUGUGUAUGAACUCAAAGCCUUUGGUCUCAUCUGUAUCUUACCUAUAAUAAACUUGUCUGUU